CCUUCCCCGCCGCCCGCCCCCGGCGGCGCUGCGCGGGCAGUGCGCGGGCAGUGCGCGGCGGCGGCGGCGGCGAUGGGCGGCGCGGCGCUGGGGCUGCUGCUGGCGGCGGGGCUGUGCGCGGCGCAGUACGAGGAGUACAGCGUGCGCGGCUUCCCCGCGGCCGCGCUGGAGCCGCUGCAGCGCGCCUACGCGCGGGCGCUGGCGCAGUACGCGGGGGCGCGCUGGGCCGAGAGCGCGCGGGCGCUGGAGGCCAGUCUGCGCCUGCACCGGCUGCUGCGCGACAGCGAGGCGCACUGCCACCGCCGCUGCGCCGCGCCCGCCGAGCCGCCCGCGGAGCCGCCCGCGGAGCCGCCCGCGCCCGCCGAGUGGGAGCGCGAGCUGCAGCUCUUCGGGCGGCUGCUGCGCCGCGCCGCCUGCCUGCGCGCCUGCAAGCGCGGCCUGCCCGUCUUCCAGCUGCGCUACCCGCCCGCGCAGACGCUGCGCGACUUCCAGCGCCGCCUGCCCUACCAGUACCUGCACUACGCGCUCUUCAAGUCCAACAAGAUCGAGAAGGCUGUGUCCGCGGCUCACACCUUCCUGCAGAAGAACCCCAAGCACGAGAUGACCCUCAAGUACCUCAACUACUACCGCACGAUGCUGGACGUGGACGAGUACCUGGUCGACCUGGAGGCGCAGCCCUACGAGCCCAUCUUCGUGCGCGCGGUGAAGCUCUACAACAGCGGCGAUUUCCGGAGCAGCGCAGCCGACAUGGAGCAGGCGCUGGCCGAGUACUACCAGGCCUACGAGAACUGCCUGGCGGGCUGCGAGGGCUCCUACGAGCUGCAGGAGUUCAAGGACUUCUACCCGGCGAUCGCAGACCGCUUCGCCAGCGUGCUGCGCUGCAAGGUGGACUGCGAGGCCGAGCUCACCCCCAACGUGGGCGGCUACUUCGUGGAGAAGUUCGUGGCCACCAUGUACCACUACCUGCAGUUCGCCUACUACAAGCUGAACGACGUGAGGAACGCGGUGCAGAGCGUCUCCAGCUACAUGCUCUUCGACCCCGGCGACGCCGUGAUGCAGCAGAACCUGGUCUACUACCGCUUCCACCGCCAGCGCUGGCGCCUGCAGGAGGAGGACUUCCAGCCCCGGCCGGAGGCCGUGCGCUACCACAACCAGACGGCCGCGCAGAAGAAGAUGCUGGACUUCGCCCAGCAGUACCUGCAGGCUGACGACGAGAUGGAGGUGGACGGCGGCGAGGAGCCGGACGCCCGGGACCUGCCCUCGGACGGCGAGUUCGAAGGCGACGGCGACUACGAGGAGGGUUUCGUGGCCGAGUGGUGGCAGGAGCCCCAGACCAAGGGGGACAAAGCCGACGAAGAGACCCUGCGGUGAGCGAGGCCAAGGGGGGUCCGUGGCCCGGCAGCCGGGCUCCGGGCCCCCGCGCGGACCCUCGCACUCGCCGGGACGGGGGGCCCCGGCCGCCCGGGUGCUGCGCCCCUUCCCGGCGCGGAGCACCCACACCGCCGUGUGCCCCUACCUCCACGAGCCGCCGAGCACCGGCACCGCUGCGUGCCCCCGCCUCCCCGGGCCGCGGCCGGGCUGCUCCGGGCGGCCUCUCCCCACCGCCGUUUUGUGCUGGGGGGGCUGCGAAGGGGGCCGGGUGCCGACGGAGAGGCCGCGGCGCCGAUGCCGCCUGUGCCUUGGGUGUCCUCCACCCCAGCCCGCCGUAGCCUUAAGCUCCGUUAAUUUAAUACUUCCCAUCUCGCACGGUUGCUUUUUUUAUUUACUGGUGCUGAACUUUGAAUAAAAUCCGGACCGGUGUUUUCA